GCCGCGUACUGACGUUGACGGCCCCGAAAUGUGGGCCGCCGGGCUUCGUAACGUCACGAGGCGGAGGGAUGGCAGUUGGGUUCAAUCGGGGCCCCGCCUCCUCGCAAGCAAGUGGGCCGCCGAAACCGCCUCUCCAAUAAAACCCUCGCGCCUCUCUCCUUUCGUUCCCCUCCUCCGCGCACGCACCACACCAAGAAGCAUCCCCUCCCCAAGAAAGAAAAAUCUCCCCAUGGAGGCCGGUGACGGCGGCGGCGGCGGCCAUGGCGGCGCGGCGGGGAACGGUAUCGACGAAGCGGACGCCGCCUUCUUCUCCGGCGGCCGGUACCGCUGCUGCUGCUUCUCGGCGCCGUGGCAAUCGUCCUCGUACGGCCGCCGCGCGGUUGCCGGGCCGGACGAGGAGUGGUGGCACGGCGUAGGGGAAGGAGGAGGAGGGGCUGGAGCAGGGGCGGAGAGGCGGAGGUGGUGGCGGCGCGGGGUGGACGCGUUCAUGAAGGUGCGGGAGUGGUCGGAGCUGGUGGCCGGCCCGCGGUGGAAGACCUUCAUCCGGCGGUUCCGCCGCGGGCCCACCCGCCACGGCAGCGGCGGCGGCGUAGGGAGGAAGCUCAACUACGACGCGCUCAACUACGCGCUCAACUUCGACGAGGGCCACCCCGCCAGCCCGGAGCCCGGCGGCGACUUCGCGGGGUACCGCGACUUCUCCACGCGCUUCGCCGCGCCGCCCGGCUCCGCCAGGUCGUCCAUGGACCUCGGCGGCCGCGACGCGCCGUCGCUGUUCCACCACCCGCCGCCGCGCACUCCCCCCGCCGUCGCCGCGCGGGGCUGACUGGCUGACGGCAGCCCGGCACACCCACCGAUUCUUCUGUCGUAGUGGGGGUUUCGGUCGGAGACGAUAAGGCUGGGACGUCCCUUUCUUCCUUCCUGGCGAUGGUGGUGGCGAUAGAUGGUGUCCAUAGGCCCGUUGGGCCAAGACAUGAUAGAGUCACCUCCCUCGCCGGUGAACCCACUUCGGUCCUACAUCGGCGACGUUCUCGCGAUCGGUGUGCUAAGGGAACGGGGGAGGUGAUGGGGGCAGUGGUGUUGACUGCUAUACGACGAAGCAGCUGGCGGCGCUUUUGAACCAUCGGUUCAAGACUUUGAAGGAUUUGGCUUUGUGGACCGGGUAUGAGACCUAACUUUUCAUGGGGUUAAACGGAAUACUCCAUCGCUUAAAAAUUUGCAAAAAUGACCCCUUAUGCCAGCCAUGUCUACGUUAGUUGCCAGCUUAGCCGAAUUAAUCAUGAAUUCGUUGAUUUGGACUAAAAUGAACCAAUUUGCCAAGUUUAAAGUCUCGUUUUUAAAGUUUGCAAGUUAAUGGAUGAAACUGAACAUGACUGUCAAGUUUGAGGAUCUGGGAUGCAAUUUCUUCUAUAUAUCAUCUCAAUAUCUCAUAAAUAUGUGAAGAACUGAAUUUCUUGCCCAAGAAAUUGGCAGAGCAAAUCUGCCAGUACAUUGUAUGCUCGCAAA